UAUAUAACUGGAAGUCUGUUUCUUUAGAAUUUAUGUACAGAAGCUACAAGGGUAUGAGACAGAGGGAGAAAGAAGAAACUAAAAAAUGCUUCCGACUGGACUAUCUUCUGUUUAUUUUGCUUGCAGUGAUGCUGCUGGAAUUGCGGGGAACAUCUUUGCCUUUGUACUCUUUGUGUCACCCAUACCAACAUUUAGAAGAAUCAUCAGAAAUCAGUCAACAGAACAGUUUUCAGGAUUACCUUACAUGUAUGCUCUAUUGAACUGCUUGAUAAGCCUCUGGUAUGGCAUGCCCUUUGUGUCACCUGGUAUCAUAUUGGUUGCCACAGUGAACUCGAUUGGUGCUAUUUUCCAGUUUGUAUAUAUUACCAUCUUCAUCAUUUACGCAGACAAGGCAAAGAAGCUAAAGAUGUCAGGAAUGUUGAUAUCAGUUUUUGCAAUAUUUGUUCUGGUGGUGCUUAUGAGCCUUGAAUUUUUAGACCCCCACGAGAGGCAGAUGGUCGUUGGAUACUUAAGCGUCGCUUCUCUUAUUUCGAUGUUUGCUUCACCCCUUCUAGUUAUUAAUUUGGUGAUUAAAACGAAAAGUGUUGAAUACAUGCCGUUUUAUCUUUCCUUUGCAACCUUCCUCAUGAGUCUCUCAUUCUUCGUUUACGGAAUCUUAAAGUCCGAUCUUUUCAUUUAUAUACCUAAUGGAAUUGGAACCAUUUUAGGGAUUGUUCAGUUGAUACUCUACUACUAUUACAGCAGUAAAGUUUCCGAAGACUUGAAAGACCCCUUGGUGGAUCAAUAUGUAUGAAUAAAUUCAUUGGUAGUAACAUGGUAUAGUUGGUUGCUUGCUGUGUCCACUUUUAUUUUUGUAGUGGAGAAGUAGGCAAUGAAAUCAAAGAUGAUUGAUGUAUAUGAUAUGGAAUUCGA